AUGGUCGCGAACCCUCAGCACGAUGUGUUAUCACAGCUUCGACCCGCAUAUGGCAUGCGAGCCUCACCAACAAAAAUGAAGGAACUUAUCAAGGAAGUGUUGAAGGAAUCAUUGUCAGGCCAAACCUAUCAGGGAGACCAAGUCCAACAGCAGACCAAGCUUAUUGCCGAUACGGUCAAAGACAAAUUGAAAGGUGAGCUUCUUCCUCGAUAUAAAUUCAUGGUGCAAGUUGUCAUUGGUGAACAACGGGGCGAGGGCGUACGCAUGGGAUGUCGGACGUUUUGGGACCGUGACACAGAUACGUAUGCAAGUGAGACCUUCACAAAUGACAGUAUAUUCUGUAUUGUUGUAGCCUACGCCGUUUAUCUUUGCUGA